UAUCACACAACGAUUUUCUUCUCAUUACCAGAGUAUUGCAGUAGAGUACAGGGCAGAACAUAUGGAGACUAUCAACAGAGAAACACUUCAGGCAGACUUUGAUGCAUUUGAUAUUUCGGAGGAGUUUGGAUUUCUCCUUGAGGAGCCACUGACUAACCUUCCAGACUAUUAUCGGGUGUGGAUGGACCUGGCAAAUAAUCUCACACAUCUGAUCAAGUCACGUAAACUACGGGAUCUGGUUCAUGAGAUGCCGGUCUUGAUUCCCAAUCUCCUGAACGAUCACAGGGAGCUCAGCCUGGCUCACCUAGCGCUGGGGUUCAUCAGCAUGGGAUAUGUAUGGCAGGAAGGACAACAUGCACCUGCUCAGGUUCUCCCAAAAGCCCUGGCCGUGCCCUACUGGCUGAUAUCUCGCAGACUAGGACUGCCACCCAUCCUCACUUACGCAGAUUCAGUUUUAUCCAACUGGAAAUUAAGAGAUCCCACAGGGAAUAUGGAAAUUGGGAACAUGGACUUGAUAUUUUCCUUCCCCGGUGGUGAGAGUUGCAGGGGAUUUUUCAUCGUGUCAUUGUUGGUUGAGUUGGCUGCCAGUUCAGGCAUAGUGGGGGCCCUGGAGGUGAUGCACGCUAUGAAAAGCUCUGACGUUGCCGGCAUACAGAAUGGUCUCGUCAAAGUAACUCAGUCUUUGAAGAAGAUGAAGGAAACUUUCAAACUCAUGCACAAUCAUGUGGAUCCAACUGCGUUUCAUGGAACAUUGAGAAUUUUUGUCUCAGGGUGGCGAGACAACCCCAUGCUUCCAAAUGGGCUGCUGUACGAGGGUGUGAGCACUGAGCCGAUGUUCUUAUCAGGUGGAAGCGCAGCCCAGAGUUCAGCCAUUCAAUGCUUUGAUGCAUUGCUGUGUAUCCAGCAUGAGGAUGAGACAGGAGCCUUCCUGACACGCAUGAGAGAUUACAUGCCUCCUGCCCACUGUCAGCUGAUAGAAACUCUCUCUGCCCGUCCAUCUCUACGAGACUUGAUCCUCUCCUGCUCCAGCUCUGAUCUCUGCCAGGCCUACAACUCUUGUGUCUCAGCGAUGGUGGAUUUGCGGAGCUACCACCUUUAUGCUGUGCAAAAGUACAUCAUCGGACCUGGAAACCAUACCAUGGGCUGCCCGCUCAGAGGUGUGGGCACUAUGCUGAACGACAAGGGGACCGGUGGAUCCAACCUGAUGGGCUUCCUCAAGGGUGUUUGUAAUACCACAAAAAAAGCACUGAUCUCAGAGCGUCCAUCUGUGCCAAGAGAAAAUGUAAUGUCAUUUAACAUAUAAUUCAUGAUACGUACAAUAGCCAAAACCUACUACACUACACUCUUGAGGUUAUGACAGUUUUAUAUGGAAAAAAAUAAGCAUAAUCAAAAUAAUUGAAAUAAUAAUUAUAAUAAUCACAAGAAUUCAAGUACCUUGCCGUAUUGUACUGCUUGGGAAAUGUUUAGGGUGCUUUUAGUAACCACAACCCUUUAAGGAUUGAAGAGCAACUUAACAGCAGCUGGAAAUGUUGUUUCUGCUGCGUGGUUUAACUUCUCAUUUUGCUGCAGUGAUGUGCAAGUGUAAAUCAUGUGACAUCACAGUGGGUUGGGAUCCCAAACUUUGAACAAGUGAGGGAACUAACUUUUUAGCCUGGGUUUAACUUAGGACUCUUGGCAUGAUAGUUAUAGUUAUGCAUGAUGGAAAUAAAAAGACUGAUGGUAAUCCAAAAUUAUGAGAUACUACAUACUAUCUCAAAAAGUCAAACCUUUUAUGCUUUUCUUUUCUUUUCUUGGCGGGAUUAAGCUUUCAUAUCACACAGCCCUUGAUGUAAUCAAAUAAACGGCACUUUACUUUAACAUAAUGCUUUAGACAAUCACAUUAUAUGAUUGUAAAAACUUCUACAGACCAUGCUGCAUAGAAGGAUUAUGUUUAGUAUUGUAUUGUAUUGACACUGAUUUUAUUUUUAUGCAUAAAAUAAUGUAUAAUCUUCAAAAUCCAAAUGUGUCUGUACACCUUUGAAUCUUAAUAGGAUUUUACAUAAAUGAUGUUAAUUGCAUUUAGAAAAUAUUUUAAUUGGUAUUUAUUUAAACAUUCAGCAGUUAAUAUAACAAUAAUGAUAAUGUUGAUAAUGUUGCUUUUGACCUGUUUUAAAACUAUUGGUUAAAUUGGGAAGGUGUAGAUAAGAAAAAGCUUAGCUGGAAAGAGCUGUGGAGUAUG